AAGUAGGUAUAUAUGCACUUGAGAUGCAUGAGUGAAAGGAAUAAGGAGGUUUGGGAUCAUCAGUAAUCCAGAACAGCUCGUUAUCCUGCCAUCCAUCAGAGACUGCGAGAUGAAGACCCAGCAGCCUCUUCAUGUGGCCACUCCAGUGAGGCAGAGUCUGGCCCUGACUAAAGUAGCGGGGACCUCUGUUUACCUCAAGCUGGAUUCAUCUCAGCCCACAGGAUCCUUUAAGAUCAGGGGCAUCGGACACCUCUGCAAAACUUGGGCCGAGCGAGGAUGUGAGCGGUUUGUCUGCUGUUCAGGAGGAAACGCCGGCAUGGCAGCAGCUUAUUCUGCCCGUCAGCUCGGGGUACCUGCGACCAUAGUAGUUCCAAGUGUUACACCAAACCCAACAGUGGAGAGGCUGAAAGAUGAGGGCGCCACUGUGGUUAUUCAUGGCAAGGCUCUGAAUGAAAGCAUUGAAUACGGACAGCAGCUUGUGGCAAACAACCCCGGCUGGAUCUUCGUCUCACCCUUUGACGAUCCCCUCAUCUGGGAAGGCCACACGUCUCUGGUGCAGGAGCUGGAGCACGACCUGAAGGAGAAGCCGGGAGCGAUCGUGCUGUCGGUGGGAGGCGGAGGCCUGCUGAACGGAGUGGUGGAGGGACUGCGUCGUGCCGGCUGGGCUGACGUGCCCAUUGUAGCCAUGGAAACCUUGGGAGCACAUAGCCUCAAUGCAGCAAUGAAAGCUGGGAAGCUGGUCACGCUACCUGAAAUUACCAGUGUUGCAACCACACUGGGCCUGACGAGGGUGUCUGCUCAGACGCUUAAACUGGUCAACGAGCACACAGUGUUCUCAGAAGUAGUCACAGACCAGGAGGCUGUGAAAGCUGUGGAGCGCUUUGUAGAUGACGAGAAGGUCCUGGUGGAGCCGGCCUGCGGCGCUGCCCUGGCAGCUGUGUACAGUGACAUUAUCAAAAGGCUGCAGGAAGAGGGCAGGCUGGCAGAGCGUCUCAUGGGCCCGGUGGUCAUUGUGGUGUGCGGCGGAAACAACAUCAGCAUGGAGCAGCUAAGCAGGCUGAAAAAGCAGCUUGGUAUUUCCUAGUGUGGCCAACCAUCUCGGAUCCUUUCUUCUGUUCCUCUAUCAGCUGGUCUCAAUCCAUAAACCCCAUUAUUCAUAUACUCCAUAGAUCGAAUCAUUCCCGACUGUGUAAUUCUUUUUUUAUCUUGUGAAAAUGUUAUAAUUGUGAUGCUGCUCUGGCAGAGGUAGUUUUUGUCUAGAGAGACCUCUUUCAGGAAAACAAAAAUGUAUAAAAAGUACACUUAGACAUUUGGCUUGCAUUUGUAUUUAGCAUACUUGCUUUGUAAAAGCAUGUGUAUGUUGUUCUUCUGCUUUUGUACUUUGGAAUGUAUUUAAAAAAUAAUAAAUUAUAUUUCUGAA